AUGUCUGAACUUUUCGCACCUGCCCCAGAGCCUGCAACUGAACUAGGCCGUCUUAGAGUUCUCUCGAAGACUGCAGGUAUUAGAGUCUCUCCACUGACUUUAGGUGGAAUGUCAAUUGGUGACGAAUGGUCAGAUGUCAUGGGCUCAAUGGAUAAACCUCGCGCAUUCGAGUUACUUGAUGCCUACUAUGAGGCUGGCGGCAAUUUUAUUGACACCGCAAAUAUUUACCAAAAUGAGCAAUCAGAGGAAUGGAUUGGAGAAUGGAUGGAAUCUCGCAAGAUACGUGACCAAAUGGUUAUUGCCACAAAGUACACCAACGGCUAUAAGGCGCAUGAGCUUGGAAAGACAAAGAGUGCUAACUUCUGCGGCAAUCACAAGCGCAGUAUGUACAUGAGUGUACGAGACUCCCUGAAGAAGUUGAGAACUGAUUGGAUUGAUAUUUUUUAUGUACACUGGUGGGAUUAUUUUUCCUCUAUCGAAGAGGUUAUGGAUAGCUUACACAUUCUAGUGCAGCAAGGCAAAGUUUUGUAUCUUGGUGUCUCAGAUACACCAGCCUGGGUAGUUACUGCCGCUAACGAUUAUGCAACAGCUCACGGGAAGACACCCUUUAGUAUUUACCAGGGCAAGUGGAACUUGCUGAACAGAGACUUCGAGCGUGAUAUCAUUCCAAUGGCAAAUCACUUCGGCAUGGCUUUGAAUCCCUGGGAUGUGAUGGGAGGUGGAAGAUUCCAAACUAAGAACGCAAUUGAAGAGCGCAAGAAAAAUGGAGAGGGAUUGCGUACUUUCGGUGGUUUCGCGGGUGGUCCGGAACAAAGUGAGGCUGAGGUCAAAGUCAGCGAAGCGCUUUUGAAAGUUGCCAAAGAGCAUGGAAUUGAAAGUAUCACGGCUAUUGCUAUUGCGUACGUGCGUUCUAAGGCCAAACGCGUGUUUCCACUUGUUGGUGGACGUAAAGUUGAGCAUCUCAAACAGAAUAUUGAAGCGUUGAAGAUUAAGCUAACUCCAGAGCAAAUAAAGUAUCUUGAGAGUGCUUCUCCUUUCGACAUUGGAUUUCCCUCGAACGUUUUUGGACAGGAUCCAUCUAUUACUAAAGAAGUUCCUCCGAUGACAGCUUUAUUCGUCAAAAUGUCUUUGGAUGAUUAG